AUGGAUGGUCGGCGGCCGCUCCCGCUCCUCGUCGCCCUCCUCCUCCUCCUCGCCCGCCGCUCCCUCACUUCGCCCGACGCCGACGUCCUCUUCGCCUUCAAGGCCACCAUCACCGACAACUCGGGCGCCCUCAGGAGCUGGGACCAGGAGUCCGAUCCCUGCACCGGCAACGCCACCAAGUGGGCCGGCGUCCUCUGCGACGACGACGGCAGCGUCUCCGGGCUGAGGCUCGCGAACAUGGACCUCGCCGGCGUCAUCGACAUCGGCCCGCUCGCCGCCCUGCCGCGCCUCCGCUCCUUCAGCAUCGUGAACAACGCCUUCGACGGGAAGAUGCCGGAGUUCGGGAAGCUGAAGAGCAUGAAGGCCGUGUACCUGUCGAGGAACAAAUUCUCCGGCGAGCUUCCCGACUCGGCGUUCGCCGACAUGGGCUGGCUGAAGAAGCUGUACCUGUCGAACAACGAAUUCACGGGCGCGAUUCCGGCCUCCGUCGCCGCGCUUCCGAGAUUGCUCGAGCUGGGGCUCGACGGGAACGGGUUCACCGGCCCGAUCCCGGAGCUCCGAUCCAACGACCUCAAGAUGGUGAACUUCUCCAACAAUCACUUGGAGGGAAGCAUUCCGGCGAGCCUCAGAAAGAUGGAUGCCAAUCUGUUUUCAGGUAACGAAGGACUCUGUGGCGAACCUCUUCAAGUUUCAUGUUCAUCAUCGCCGCCGCCGUCGCCGCCGCUAUCUUCCUCACCCAACCAAACCCUUCUCCACGUCGUAGUAGCUCUGACUCUAUUCCUAGCCAUCGUCGCCGUCAUACUCUCCCUUCGUCGCCGACCAUCCGAGAACAAUGCCAAUCCUCCCCCCGCAGUGAUGAAAUCGAAAGCCGCGCCGACCAAGGAAGAAGCGAUGGAAGAGGGAACCACCAAGUCGGACGCCGGCAGCACCACCAGCAAGAAAUCCGGCAAGGAGUCCGACCAGGGAAGACUGAUCUUCGUGAAGGAAGGCAUGGGGCGGUUCGAGCUGAAAGACUUGCUCAAGUCCUCCGCCGAGGUGCUGGCCACCAGCAACUUCGUCUCCUCGUAUAAGGCCUCGUUGCCGGACGGCACGGCCAUGGUGGUCAAGAGGUUCAGGAACAUGAACAGAGUGGGGAAGGAGGACUUCGACGAGCACAUGAGACGGCUGGGGAGGUUGUCCCACCCCAAUCUGCUGCCGUUGGUCGCUUACUAUUACCGGAAAGACGAGAAGCUACUGGUCACCGGCUACGCCGCCAAGAGAAGCUUGGCCGAUCUUCUCCGUGGCUCCGAAUCAUCAAAGCUCGACUGGUGCGCUCGAUUGAAGAUCGUGAAAGGAGUCGCCAAAGGGCUAAAUUACCUCUACGAAGAGCUCCAGAUGCUCAGCGUUCCCCACGGCCACCUGAAAUCCACCAACGUCCUUCUCGACGAGUCCUUCUCGCCGUUGCUGACCGACUUCGCCUUGAUCCCGGUGACGAACCCGGCGCACGCCGCCCAGUUCAUGGCGGCGUUCAACUGCCCGGAGUACAAGAAACAGGAGAGGACGAGCAAGAAGAGCGACGUCUGGAACCUGGGCAUGCUGAUCCUCGAAAUCCUGACGGGCAAAGCGCCGGCGACGGAGAAGGGAGGCGCCGACUUGCUCGGCCUGGCCAGCUCCACUCCUCGGGAGGAGUGGGCGAGCAAGGUUCUCGACGGCGAGACGACAGCGAAGGCGACGGCGGCGGCGCAGGAAGAAAUGCUCAAGCUGCUGCAGGUCGGAUUGGAUUGCUGCGAGGAAGAUGUGGAGAAGAGGUGCGAGCUGGAAGAAGCCCUCGACAGGAUCGAAGUGCUGAGGGAAGAGGGAGGAGGAGCUGGAGGAGAUCCGGCGACUCAUUGACAUCGAUCGAUCGAUCGAUCGACUGAGAUCAUCAUAAACAAGAUUGGUGAGCUUCAUAUUCGAUGCAUGGAUUUGAGCUUGCUUGCAAUGUAACAAACGCAGUAAUGCAA